GUAAAUCAAACAUGCCAUAUAUUGUUGUGAGAAAGUAUUUCCAUGUACAAUGUACAUUUUUAGUAUUAAUAGUAAUUUAUGUAAUGGGUAAAGUGGCGUGUAACUUUACGUUAACUUCAGCUACAAUACGACAGUACACGAUACCGAAAACAACUAAAUUAAUGAAACGUUAUAUGGAAUCAGUUGUAUUUAAAGCAGCGCCACAAAUUGAACUGCCUGAGAUAGAUAGAAGAAAAAUAUCACCAGAAGAAAUUUGGAACUGGGAUUAUUGGUGCAAGUUGCAACCGAAAACAGGAAAUUGUUCCGAUUUUGUAAUAAGAUAUUACUAUGACAUACAAAUAGACCAGUGCGUUAACUUCACGUACAGUGGAUGUGACGGCAACAAAAAUAACUUUGAAUCUGCCGAAAAAUGCGAACAAUAUUGUCAUGGAACUACUUAUUUAUCACUAAAGGAAGAAACUUCAAAUUAUUGCGCUUUGCAACAGGACGCCGGUAUUUGUCUCGCUGUAGUUCAAAUGUACUACUAUGAUAUAAACAAAGAAAAUUGUAUGGUAUUCCAUUACGGAGGCUGUGGAGGAAAUCGUAACAGAUUUAAUAAAAAAGGAGACUGUUUGAGUGAUUGCAAAGGAACAUAAGUGAAAAUAAUAAGUUAGUAUAACAAAAUAAAGCAUUUUUAACAAAAAUAAUAAAA